AUGGGCCAGGUCACGGCCGACAUGCUGCGCGAGUUCUUCAACCAGGCGUUCUCCCACCUGACCCCAGACCCCGUCAACGCGCCCCCCGUCACCCGCUCUGCCAUGGAGGGGCCCUCCCGCUACGCCUUUGUGGAGUUCCGCACCGAGGAGAUGACGCUGGUGGCGCUGAGCAUGGACAAGGUGGUGGAGCUGUGCGGACGCCCGCUCACCAUCGGCCGUCCCAAGGGCUGGACGCCGCCGCUGCCCAGCGCGGCGCCCGCCGCUGCAGCAGCCGCGGGUCCCACUGCACCAGCGGCGGCCCCGGAGCAGACUUUGCUGCUCAGCAAUGCGCUUCCGGUGAGCGGGGUGCGGCAGGCAGAGGAUCGAGCGGUGCUGGCGGCUGAAGUGAGGGAGGAGGCGGAGCGGCACGGCCGCGUCGAGGAGGUGGCUGUGCCGGCGCCGCCCACGAGCAUCCAGGAUGCCAUGCCGGCGCGGGUGUACAUCCGGUAUGCGACCCCGGAAGACGCCAAGGCGGCGGUGGCCAUCUUCAAUAAACGCACGCUGGAUGGGAACGUCAUCAAGGCAGUCCUCGUGCCAGACGAGGAGUGGCAAGACUCGCGCGCCGGGCAGUGGGUCACGCGGCACAGCAGCAUCGCCGGCAUCCCACUUCCUGGCCUGUACACCAAGACACCCCUGCCCGCCGGGAUCACGGGGCUGGCAGCCCUCAACUCCGCGCUCUCCGCUCUGGUCCAGACGAAUCCGGGAAUCGCGACGGUGCUCACCGCCGGGAUCAACGCUGAGGAGGUACCGCUGGAGGAGGGGUACGUCAAGGUCAGGAACCUGACGCCCACCGUGACCAAGAAAGACAUCCUUGACUUCUUUGUGGGCUGCGGAGUGCAGGCCGAGUCGGAUGUGACGCUGGUGUACAGCGCCGACGGCACCUCCCUGGGCGAGGCCUUUGUGCACUUCUCGGGCCCGCAGGCGCGGCUCAGGCUGGGCCUCUCCCGCGACGCCACAGUCAUGCCCGCAACGGCGCGGCCGGUGGAGGUGCUGACGGCGGUGGGCGAGGAUCUCCAGCGACGAAUCAUGUCGGGCUGCAGGCUGGAGUAG